AUGCGUGAAGUGGUGCUCGUGGUUCUACAACUCGCUCGCAUGACGGUUACCGAUUUACUCGGUAGUUUGAAUCUUCCUGAGGAACAUAUCCAGUAUUGGCUAAACAGGAACGAAGCACUGCACAAUUUCUGUUCGCAAAAUGAAACAUGCUACUCGAAGUACGAGCUGAAUAAUAAGCAGUGUUGGGGCUAUGAAGCAAGCUGCAGCAAGAAGGAUAGUUUUUCGGCCAGAAAAGCGAAGUGCACCAAACCAAACAGUUGGCAAAAACAAAUUUUCAAAAAACAAGCCGAUUUCGCAAAACUUGCCGAAGUAUUAAGCACCAUUACACCAAUUUGCGUUUCAAAUUAUUCUGAAGGCAGCUCGCUGGAAUGUUCCAGUCAUUUGAGGUUUUGUCGUGCAAAAAAUAUCUUUUUUGAUUUCCACAAUUUAAACGCAAAAAACUCGAAGCGAUAUCGUAAUGAUGUAAUCCAGAAAGGUCAAGCGGGUGGUAACUGUAAUAUGCUGUUCAAUGAAGCAGCACUGCGCAGCAGAGCUGACGAAAAAAGUUAUCUACAAAGCUGGGCACAUGAAUUAGAACAUUUUUCGUCUUAUCCGACUUUUGAGGUCUCCAAGCGGCAGUGUGAUGUGAUUUUUGAGAAGCCAACAGUGCUGAUCAAAUUAGAUGCCGCAUCGAGCAUGUAUCAUCAUUUCUGUGAUUUCGUCAAUCUGUAUGCAAGCCAGCACGUCAAUGGUUCCGUUGAUAUGGAUAUCGACAUCCUGUGGUGGGAUACUGUGAGUUUUCUUGCUGCUGCUUCGCCUAAACCACUCAUAAUACACUAUGCUCGCAACUGCGAACGCGCUAGCGAGCCAAGCGCACUAGCAACAGUUAUCGCCAAUAAGAACUGCGGUUGA